GCAGACAGCGCAGGUCGGCUAGCUGAGCGGUGGAACUGGGAGGAGAAGUGACUGCUGAGACCUAAAACAUCUUUUGCCAGGGAAGCUGCUUUAAAAAGACACGGAAACAAUAAAAUAAACGAGUGGAGCCGAGUUACUAUGAGGGACCUGUCAACUACACGGGAGCUGGAGCCGGUUCGGAGGCGUCUCUAACAUUGUUUUGAGGGCCUGUUGCUAGCUACGGGAAAUCCUCGGACUAGCCCCGCUAGACACCGGGCCGAGCGAGCACAGAGGACCGAGGAACGGAGCUCCGUGGGGCUGCUUUCAUCCAGCAGGUUUCGCCGAAGCUAGGUGCCCCUUUUUCUUACAUCCAGACGGAGACGUUAGCUUCUCUUGCUCGUCCGUGGCUAACAUAAAUCAUUGCUUUCAGUUUGACAGCUAGCUAACCGUAGCCCUCCCGUGUUUACAAGCUAACUCAGCCGGGAUCCUCUGAAGAAGUUGGCGUUAGGUAUGUUUGUUUCCGUUAACAUUUGCAUAUUUGGCUGCUGCCGCCUCUCUGCUGGCUGGUAGUGGCCUUUACGGUUGUUACAGCUUUUGUCUUCACCGACUGAAGGUCGCCAGCUAGGCAGCUAAAUCAAAAGGUCCCCUAGCUGGGGUUAUCACAUCCUGAGGCUUAUCUGCUGCGCAGCCCAAAGUUUGUCACCUUGUUAAAGUAUAAGAAUCAGCCCGGUUGCCUGUUUACCUUUGUCCUUGAAAGUUAGAUAUGCUGUAGAAGUUUAAGCUAACUUACUGAAUCAUAAAUAGAAAGAUCAACAAAACUUGAUCAGAAGGAAUCCACUCUUACAGAGCAAACUUUACCAUCCUGACAGACAAUAUCCCGAAUGAAGGCUCACAGAGAAGUGUGGAUUUUGAUGCCCUCCUCAGGACUCCCAGCUGUCUCCUGCUCUGCUUGGCAUUGUUAAACUCACACCAGCAUCAAGCGACUGCCACUACAAAAGCAACUGAUCUGCUUUCUCUCUUCCUGGGCUGAUUUGCUCAAGGAGGAGCCUCUUUAGAACACACCAGGAUGAAUCGUUACCUGCCGGUGGCACGACAGCACUUCCUGGCAGCUCUUGCCAGCACCAGUGUGGUGGUAAAAACUAUAUGUGCCGUGGUGGUUCUCCUCUACCUGCUGUCAUGGGCCGUCGACACUCCAUACGCCCUAGGGGUGACCCCGGGCUACCUCUUUCCACCCAACUUCUGGGUGUGGACGCUGGUGACCCAUGGGGUGGUGGAGCAGCACGUCUGGGGGGUAGCGGCCAAUGUGGGGACAGUUAUGGCCUGUGGGCGCCUGCUGGAGCCUUUGUGGGGUGCUUUGGAGCUCCUGAUCUUUUUCGCAGUGGUUAAUGUGUCGGCGGGCCUCCUGGCAGGCUUCUCCUACCUCCUCACCUAUGUGGCCACCUUUGACCUGGACUUCCUGUUUGCUGUUCGUGUCCACGGAGCAGCCGGGUUCCUGGGAGGCGUCCUGGUGGCGCUGAAGCAGACCAUGGGGGAUACCACAGUGCUCAGAGUCCCACAGGUGAGACUGAAAGCAGCGCCGGCUUUGGUCCUCCUCCUCCUGGCCUUACUGCGCCUGUCUGGGCUGCUCGACAGCUCUGCCCCCCUGGCCGCCUACAGCUACGGAGCCCUGUCCGGCUGGGUCUACCUGCGCUUCUACCAGAGGCACAGCCGAGGCCGUGGGGACAUGUCGGAUCACUUCGCCUUCGCCAGCUUCUUCCCUGAGGCGCUGCAGCCGGCUGUUGGACUGCUGGCGGGACUCGUCCACUCUGCCCUGGUGAAAAUCAAGGUGUGCAGGAAGAUGGUGAAGAGAUACGAUGUGGGGGCGCCAUCUUCUAUCACCAUCAGUCUGCCGGGGACUGACCCACAGGAUGCAGAGAGGAGGAGACAACUGGCCCUGAAAGCCCUGAACGAGCGUCUAAAGCGUGUGGAGGAUCAGUCUGCUUGGCCCAGCAUGGACGACGAGGAAGACGAGGACGAGGACGAGGUCAGAACUGACACACAGCCGCUCCUCCCAGGUGGACGCGAUCCGUCCUCCUCCUCCACACCGAGAACAUCCGGGGGUCCCAGCGGCGCCUCCCUCUCCUCCACCUCCUCAUCCUCCAUGUCACAGAGCGGUGGAGCGCCGUCCUCGGGCGGAGUGCAGCACCCAGAGUCCAGCAUCAUCAGCUUUGAAGACGCACCGUCUAGAUCAUAGCAAACAGGACACCUGUGUACAGAUAUGCACGCUCUGUUUGGUGUCACUGGCGAGUAUACUGGUGUGUUCGGUGUCCCUGACUAGUGUACGAAUAUAUUCAGUGGCGGUGAUUUUAGGCGUGCACUCGAUAUCACACACAACACGCAACAUCUUCGAGCAGUUCAUACACACGGCCGUGCACUCACAAACACUAAUGUCAUUGUGAAGCCCGAGAGACUGUACAGCGCUUUCAGUUGAGACGUGUCGGUUGUAAAGGCUCAGUGUAGUUGGGCAAACUGAACUCUUAAUUCUUCUCUUCCUUCCCACAUACAACCAAAAGUCAGAAAAUUCUGUCUUGUCUGAACUUGAAUCCCAACUUGCAGAGCUGUGUUCACUGCUUCAUGUGUCUCUUUCUCUUGCUUUCUGAAUAAAUAACAACAUAGGUGUACAAUAUUCUUUUUGUAAGUCUUUUUCAGAGCAGCAGUACUCAUUCUUUUUAUCGCCUGCCACGAGAAAGCAGAGACUCACGCUGAAUUCUUGAUUCCUGAUGAAAGACUACAGUGCUCCGGUUUGAUAAGCACUGAGAAAUUGCUACAAGGGACUUUAGCUUUGGUUCACUGGUUCCGAAUAUGUAACCAGGUCUAAAACAGAGGAAACAUGAAACAGAUGGACUCAGCACCAACUGCUGGACCUGAGGAGAGAAGCUGCCGCAGGUCUGUCCUGCUCAUGAACUAUGAUACCAAACGCCACGAUUUGAAAAAGUGCCAGGUGAAAAGAAUUUCCCAGACCCAGUUAAUUCGUCUCUCUGUAACCACAGGCAGAGAAAUGGACAGUUUACCCAUUUUGUUUUUCACCCCUUAGUUUGUCAUGUAGUGGAGGAAAGAAAAUCUUUUUCUUUGGGCUCUGUUGAUCACUACAUAGAAUCAACAAAACAUACUUUCUGUGGACUAACAAGACAUGUUGAUGGUGUUCCACUCACACAGAUCUGUGGAGGAAGAUCUUGUUUUACAAAUUAUGAGUUGAUUUUAUAUUUAGGUUCAUUCAAAAUCCCGAGCAUCAACCCGUACCCAUUUUUACACUUCCACCUUUCUAGGAUCUGAAAUUGUGCAAGAAUUAUGCUAGCAAUAGCUUUCAAGUAACCUGGGUGCAGAUGAUUCAGAACAGCAGUCGAUGUCUGUGCUUGUAUUUGUCAUUUAUACCAUUUAUAAAGGCAGAGAAGUGACCAAGUGCAGGUGGAGUGUGGAGAAUAACCUUGCUGGUUAUUUACAGACUGUGCAGAUAUUUUUAGGAUAAAAAAUAUUGCAGUGAUUUGUGAGUUUUUCUAGGUUUACCCUGCUUUCAGACACUGAUCGUUGAAGAUAAAGACAGUGGAGGAAUGGAUAAGUAGUUGUUUUGGUUCAGGUUUCCCCGCUGCAUCCUUUGCAUUUGUCUUUCGUUUCUGACAUCACAGUCCCAGGCACGAGCAGGGAAUUUUAGAAGGAGCCUGAUGGGCAGCUAAACUGUGUCAUCUUGAUAAACUUUAAACAGACCUAUGGGUCAGUGAUUCAUUUAUUUUGUUGACAGUCAUCCCUGUAGGUUUCUCAUUCGAUUAUGCUAAGUCAAGUCAUUGCAUUUCCAAUUCCCCACCUGUCCUUCUUGAUUAAAGUCACAUUUGCAGCCAAUAAAUGUUUUCAGAUGUGACAAUCACAGUGAUGACAAACUUCUCCUGAGCUUGUGAAGGAUUGAACCUGUCUCUAGCUUAAAUGAGAAAUUCAAACUAGUUAAGGUAAAUCGUGCACUUCUGUUUAACAAAAAAUUAAGCGUACUUACACUAAUGUUCGAAAGUUUGGGGUCACUUAGAAAUGUCCUUAUUUUUGAAAGAAAAGAAAAAUAAAUACAGUCUAGACAUUAUUAAUGUGUUAAAUGACUAUCCUAGCUGGAAACAGCUGAUUUUUAAUGAAAUAUCUGCAUAGAUAUUUCCAGCAACCAUCACUCCUGUGUUCUAAUGGUACAUUGUGUUGGUUGAUCAGGUUGGAAGGUUAAUUGAUGAUUAGAAAACCAUAGUGCAGUUAUGUUAGCACAUGAAUAAAAGUGUGAGUUUUCAUGGAAAACAUGAAAUUGCCUUGGUGACCCCAAACUUUUGAACGGUGGUAUAUAUUCACCACUUUCCUCCCUUAUUUAGAAGGUAUUUCCAUCUGUAGGAGUCUUUCUGAAAACAACAGGCCCACUACAUUAAAUUACAGCUUGUUCCAGGUUUGGCAGCUGUUUGUUUUUGUAGAUUUUCCAUGUCAUUAUUUCACAAUAAUGAAACUUUAAGAAAGCCGAUUGGCAGCUGCUGCUUUCUGACACUUUUCUCGUAAUACACGAGUCUGAAAAUCUCAGCAACAUUGCAAAUUACGGAUUUGAAAUUUGGGAGAUACACAGUUACUGUACUGUUACAUGUUUAAUUUGAACUCAUAAUGUUCUGUUUUCCUAUUUAAUAUGUAUUGGUUUUGUGAGAACCAUUUUGGCUGAGACAUUUAGUGACCAUUUAUGUUUUGUUGACUUUAAAUCAAUUUAAAAACAGACCAAAAUCAAAUGGAAUAAGAGACAAAAAUGGUAAUUUAUGAGCUUGAUGCCUUCCAUUACUAACCAGUAGAAGAUUAAAAUAUUAUCUGUCUGUUUAUCAAUAGUGGCCUUUGAGUUGUGAGAAUAUUAAAAUAAGUCGUAAUUCCUAUUGGACCGUGUAAAUGUAGAGACACAGCCAACAGAAAUAUCCUACAUCCAGUUAAAAUGGAAAUCUUUAACUUCCCUAUUUCAACUUUUCAGAUUUGAAAUGUUCCAAAAAGGUUCAAAUUAAUCUGACCACCCAGUAAACUUAAUUCAAUUCUCCUUAAAUGCAAAUAUAAUGUUUUUAUUGUCACAUCUCCGAGGAAACAUUCAGUUCAAUGUCUGGAGUUGGUCUUGGUUCAAACAUUUUAUAUUUUAGUUAGGAGGAAGGACAUCACAACAUUGGGCUCCUUGCUUUUUGACAAAGAGUCUACUGUCUGUAAACAUCUGUACAUGAUUGGUUGAAACUGCUUCUUAUGUGAUUGAAAUGUGCUCUGAAUGGGAAGUGAUAAGCCAUAUGAGAAUGAUGAAACUGUGUGUUCUAUCCUGUAUUUCCUGGUUCCUUCUGUCCAUUUCACUGUGCUCAUAUUGUUGACAAACUGGUGUUUAUGACGGUUGGUUUGGGCCUUUCUUUGAGUAAAUAUGAAUGAAAGCUUCUGUUUACAUGAAUGAAUGAGAGAAGAUGUCUAGCCCAGUUUCACAGUGAGGAAGCUGUUGUCAGAUACCUGAAAUCUCAAGCUGCUUACCAUGGAAAGUACUUACAAAACGAAAGAGUCAAAGGAAAUUUGUUCAGUUUGUUCAUGCGAUUUAUGAGCAACCUUCCCCGGAAAUAGCAAAUACUGAGAGUUUUUAGCUGCCUCUCCAGCUCAGCUCACAUUACACAACUAAAAUUCAGCAAUGCAGCAAAACAGAUAGCUUUGAAGUUAUGUAAUGUAAAGUUGUGUAAUUUUACUAGUGAAAAGGUGUAGCCAUACUUUGGUUUGCAGUCUGAGUUUUCAAAAACAGUCCUGACAUUCAGCCAAAUCUUCAUCUUCAACUUUAUUCUCCUGACCUCUGGGUUUCUUCCUCUGUAUUCAUAUGUAAUUUAUCUGUAAACGUCCUCUAAAAAGAAAAGAAAAAUGCAGUCACACCACCUGUAUGAUUGAUGUCCACAGGCAGCUUCUCUGGACAAACUAGAAAAACUGCACAUGAGGAUGAAGAAUGAUGUCAGUGCUGUUCACAAACAGUAUUUAACUGCAGUGGCCUCUGUCUGCAGUGGCUAAACCCUUUUAGCUAGCUAGCAUUGCAAUUUGUCAACAUACUCAGUUCAUUUUUAAUUUUUUUCUGCACACAAUUCUCUACAUCUUAAUUGACACUGCACCACAGGCAUGCAAACUUUAUAAAACACCCCAAAAAAACAUUUUCCUUGGUAGGAUUUUUUGUCAAAGUGGCUUAAAGAGAAGACGAAAACCCCCAAAUUUAUCUGCAUCUAACCGAUGAUCAUGUUUUAUGUGUCACAAAACUUACUUUAAACUGGGUUUAAAAUGCAUCUGGCACUUCAAAAUAAUCACUUUGAAGUUGUUGAUUUGCCAGUUUUAGUUGUUUCCUGCAAAUGGGAGAUGGGGGAAAGAUUCGGGCUUAUAUAUUGAGGUACAAAUUGAUUACUAAUCAUUGAAAUUUUUAAAUUUUUUUGAGCAUUGGUUUAGUCAUUGUAGAACCAGUGCUUCCAUUAUUAAACAUACCUUCAAUCUCUACCUCUAACCUAAUUUUGCAGUACAGGAAUAUUUGUGGUGCCAAAGUCAAAAACGCGACAACAUGUCUACAUUAGCAUGAAAUAUAAUUCAUGGUAAUUAAACUUGAUUGGAUCGACACCUGAUGAUGAAGUUGUUGAAUCUUUUAACCACUUUGCCAAACAGCAAAGAAUGUCGUGGUUUGGGGAAUAAAGGUGACGUGAAAAGAACACCAAGCUCCGUGACUGUGCAACUGAAAGCUGUUUUCCUGCCCUCAGAUGAAUAAUUUACAGAUGACACUGCUCCAUUCAUUCAAACUUGGUGGCUCGCUGUGUUUUUUCUUUUUAUUCUCUUAUUUUCCUUCUCUACUUUUGCUCCGACAGAUCUUAUUCACACUAAUGACAGUGUCUUUCUCUCUCUGUACUGUGGCUGUUGCACAGACUUUUGUUUUAGUUUUCAAAUGCAUUUCUUUAUCUCUAUAUGAAAUAAAAAGAAAAGACGAUUGUAUGAAA